AUGUGCGAUCCGUGCUGUGGACCCUGCGAUCCGUGCUACUCCUGCUACCCAUCCUGCCUCCCGAAACCAUGCAAAAGUCGUGAACUUCGUGGAGGGCUACUGAUCUCGAACUGCGAGUGUCUAAAGCGGAACGGUUUGCAGCACGACUGUCCCCGUACUCUGUGUCAGGGAAAGCCAUGUUGCCUAACUAAACCUGAGGCAAAUUGCUGCCCAUCGCAAUGGGCCCGGCGCUACCGGUACGUGACGAUGGGCAAGAAGAGCAACCCGGUCCGUCCGUCACUGAGAUGCUGCCUGCCAACCGGUGGUGGUGGCUGCAAUCCGUGCCCGAUCGAUCCUACCUGUUGCGUUCCGGCCAACAUCUGCGAUCCGUGCUGUCCGCCAGUAUGCGACCCUUGCAUUCCAACCGGCUGUGAUCCGUGCUGCCCGCCGGUGUGCGAUCCAAGCUAUCCACCUGUUUGUGAUCCUUCGUGCAGUGUCCCAUACUGUGAUCCAUGCGGACCGUGUGAUGAAGUUUGCCUACCAAGUGGACCAUGUUGA